AUGACUCGGAUCUUCCUAACUGGCGCAUCGGGCUACAUUGGCGGGGAUGUCCUGCACGCCCUGCACGAAAAGCACCCCGAGUACGAAAUUGCGGCCCUUGUUCGAGACGCCGACAAGGGCGCGAAGAUCACCCAGGCUUAUCCUAAAGUCCGCGUCGUGCAGGGAGAGCUCGACUCGACUGCAGUUGAAGAAGAGGCACAGAAUGCAGAUGUGGUAGUUAAUGCGGCCAGCGCGCAGAACAAUAAAGGCGCGGAGGCGGUCUUCCGAGGACUGGCUAGUUCCAAGCGUACAAAGCCUGGCUACUGGAUCCAAGUAUCCGGUGCUACUCUCCUCUCCGCACCUGAGAUCGAAAGCGGUGUUUACGGAGAGCCCUCCGACAGAGUCUACAGCGACAUUGACGAUGAGCAAGAAAUCAAGGCUCUGAUCCACAAGUACGCAGCCAAGCGUCUCAUCGACCGCUUCAUCCUCAAUCUUCCGGAAACCCCCCAAUCACCAAAGACAGCCGUCGUCUAUCCCCCCAUCAUCUACGGUCACGGUAGAGGACCCAUCAAGCAGCGCAGUGUGCAGAUCCCGGAGCUCUCACGUAUUACCCUCCAGAAAAAAACCGGAUACCAAGUUGGGCGGGGUCUUAUUGAGAAGGCUGUUUCCGGGGAGGAGGGUCCCUUCUGGAAUGAGAAUGGGAUUUACUUUGCGGAGAAUGGAGCCAUUAACUUUGGAGAGAUUGGCCGUCUGGUGGCUGAAGAGGCUGCUAAGCUAGGACUGAGCUCGGCGUCUGUGAAGGAGAUCAGUGACUCCGAGGCGAAUGCCCUGUCGGGUCAUGGUGGUGUGCUUUGGGGAACCAAUGCACAGGAGCGUGCUCAGCGCGCUCGCAAGGUGCUGGGAUGGACUCCUACUGGGAAGUCCUUGCAGGAUGAGAUUGCUGAUGCAGUUCGUGUGGAGGCGAAUUAA